UCCUGUGCAGUGUUUCGUACUAAAAGGUAAAGAUGCGAAUUCACACUGCGACUGGUACACCAGUGAGCGGAUACUACAGCAGGCAGGUCCACAGCCUGUCGAAACCGCUUGCUAUGAUAUGAGCGUCUUCACUGGUAGCUGAGGACCGCGUCUGCAGGCUUGAAGGCAGAAUGAUAACAUCUGUUCACAAUCUAGUAUCUCCAGCUGGCAGACAGUGAGGACCAGUCUCCACAAUGCAAUGUGUGUAAUGGACCAGUGGUGGUGUUGGGGCCCCAGGCGGGAUGCUGCUGACAGCCAGUCAGUAUGACUCUGCUGGACUUGUGGCUGUCGCACUCUAUCCCCAUGUGCCUGCUCCUUCAGAGCCUUGUCCUCAUGGCCCUGUGCUUCCCCUCGGCCAGCAUGUGUCCAAAGGGCUGCAUCUGCCAACGCGAUCCACACCUCCACGGCCUCAACGUUUCCUGCAGUCAGUCUCGCCUCAAAGAGAUCCCCCCCAGCCUGCCAGUCGACACUGUUUUGCUGAGGCUGGACCACAACCAGAUAGGCGCUGUGCCCGAUCAAGCCUUCCAUGGACUCAGGCUUUUAAGGGAGCUCAACUUUUCAUACAAUGCAGUGGAGACUUUAGGGGAAGGUGCCUUCAGUGGCAUAGAGGCAACAUUACAGGUGCUGGACCUGUCCCACAACCGCAUCACUAGCGUACACAAGGAUGCCUUUGCUCGGCUUAAGGCCCGUGUUAUUGUGGAUGAUAACCCCUGGCAUUGUGACUGUGCCCUGCAGCAGGCUAUUGGUGGAAUGGCUCACAACCACGAAGCUGCCGCCAGGGUCCUGUGCAGAAGUUCUGAGGUUCAUGACCAGGAGGGACGACCUUUCUUGGCGGUAGACACAGACCUUUGUAAUCUGGCCAAAAGGACCACAGACUAUGCUAUGCUGGUGACCAUGUUUGGUUGGUUUGCCAUGGUCAUAUCAUAUGUGGUGUAUUAUGUCCGUCAGAACCAGGAGGAUGCCCGACGCCACCUGGAGUAUCUCAAGUCACUCCCUAGCAAACCCAAGAAACCUGACGAGGCUGACGACAUAAGCACUGUUGUCUGAUGGUGUUAAAGUCACUGUGUCCCACACAAACUGAAUGCACACCAAAAUGCUUAUGUAACAGGACCCAAAUUUAUAGUGUUUACUAUUUAAAAGUUUUAGGUGAUGUGAGCAUCAGACCUGCUGAGAAAUCUUUGUAUUUUGUACAUUUUGUCAUGUGUACUUACCAGGUUUUGUUGACUGAUGUGAGAUGAGAUGAAAGGGGGGGCCACAGAGUCAAAUAGCCUAACAACAAUAUUCACUUUUCUACAAAAAGUUUUAAGAAUUUGAAUCUCAGGUUUAAAUAUUGACAUGGCAA